AUAUAAUGAUUUUUACGAAUGAUUAAAAAUUAACAUUAUGUCAUCAUGUCUUCAAAAGUUAAACUUUGAUUGUGACGAUGGCGAUGUCUAAUGGAGAAAUAAGUAAAACUGCGAAAUCCUCGCUCAGAGAAAUGCAAGAUCCACUGCUCGCAUUCCCGCCAGAACUGGUCUUAAGAAUACUAGCAGAGCUUGACGUGCAGAGCUUAUCGAAUAUGCGCACAUCUAAUAAAAGUUGGAAUACCUUCAUAGACGUACACGAGGACGUCUUAUUCAACGUUGUCCGUGAUAAGUUUGGUAGAAUGUACGACGAUAUUUGGAAAACGACGGAAACUAUCGGUGCUGGGUAUAACGGAUGCUCAAACUGGAGAGAUUACUUCAGGAAUGACAACAGGAUAAAUGAAAACCUGAAGUCUGACGCGCCAAAAGUAUUUGAGAGGUUUGUCAACACUGGUAAUACCCUUACCUGGAGAUUUAAGCCAGAUUUCGAAAAGCAGUUUGUUGUUGUCACUGCACAUCAAGGUGGUGUUAAGGUCUUCGAUAUAAACACAUCAGAAUUGCUUUGGGAAAUCCCAGAGGCAGACGUACGCCCACACGCUCACCUUGAGUACUCAAAUGGGUAUUUCUGUAUCGACAGAUUUGGCAACGCAUUGGAGGUUUGGAGAAGAAACGACAUAGAAAAUCAAUACCGAAGUGAAGAUAACAAAGUUGAAGAAAAGCGCGGACACUUUACCCGCGUAACCAUAUUGCCGCACGAAAGGGAGACACGAGGUUUCCAAUUGUGUUACCCACACUUAUCAGUCGUUUCCAGUGAGGGACAUGGCUAUCUCUACGAUGUUGCCGGUGCACCAUCCUUAGUUAGACAGAUUGAUAUCGAGUCAGGUGCAAUUGGACACCUCGACCAAUGCCCAACUGCGAUUGCUUUCUCAAUAGGUACACAUGGAUAUCAUUUCCACAGCAAGGAAGAUGGUAGACUGCUUGGUGUGUUCCCACCGGAGGAAAGCAACCUCACACCAGCCAACUUUUUCCAUGUACACCACCCUCAACCGCCUAUGCCGGGCUCAAGUGCAAGAACAGAAGAAAUUUCAAACCAGCAUAUCGCAAGCACGCGUAUCGGUAGAGGCAAACUGAAAGACCACCCUUCAGAGAGGACGAUGCCGCAAGAUCUGCCGGCACUUAGAAGCGAUGACUGGGGUGCUGGUAUGAUAGAUGGGCCAUAUUUUGUGGGAAUAAGCAGGUCAGGUAGAUUAGUCCUCUGUUCGGACUGGGAAGCCACUCUAGCUGAACCAAAUCUGGCGUCCCAGACUGUGAGCGUUUUGGAGUCUGAAACGGAUGACUCGAGAUUCGAUUUAGGUGGAUGGUUAAGUGUCAGACAUGGGAAAGUGCUCUUCGAAGUAUCAGACAGGAUAUACAUAUUACACCUACCAGCACAAGGAGAGCUGAUAAACCCAGAGAACUCACCACCAAUACAGACAUUACCUUCAAACUCCUAUGCACAAUUACCAGUGCCGAUUAGUUAUAUGUCGGUACACUCUGAUGCAAUAAUGUCGACAUAUGCCACGUUGCUUUUCAACGCGGUUAGGAUUGGAGUGGCAAAACACAUUAGAAUAUCGUCAUUUGCAGGCCAAGUGGAUGAUGAGAGUAAGUGGAUUGAUCCUCAAUCACCAGAGAACGAGGAUCCGCACAGAAAUUUUAUACUAGAAGUAAUGACAGAACAUCACGAGCACAUGGUCAUGCCAGAUGCAGAAGACCAAAUUGAGGAUAUAAUCGAAGAAUUUGAUCAGGAGGAUGGAGACUGGGAAGAUGUCGACAGCGAAGAAGAGGAGGGUGGCGAGAAUAACUCAGCCGAGGAGAGGACGGUAGAUGGCUCAUAAUUUAAUUUAAUUUGUAUAUCACGACGCAUUAAUUAAAUAAAUAUAUAGGGAAG